GAGGGCGGCGGGCGCUUUGUUCCGGGGCUGGAGGUGUGGCCGGCGGUGUGGCCCGCUCCGCGCUCCUUCGCCCUGCUGCGCUGCACCCCGGCGCCCGACUCCGGUUGUGCGUGGCCUCUGCUCUCACCAGCCACCCCAUCGUAACGGUGUGCUGUGAAGUCGCUCGCCACCCGACCUCAGUGGGGAGGGCCUGGCCACCGCUCAAACAGACUCCUUCGACUGUAGUCACCCCGGGGUUCCUCGGCUGCCCGGGUUUGACUACCAGCAGCAUGGCAACAAGCGCUGUUCCGAGUGACAACCUCCCCACCUAUAAACUGGUAGUGGUAGGAGAUGGAGGUGUGGGCAAGAGUGCCCUCACCAUCCAGUUUUUCCAGAAGAUCUUUGUGCCUGACUAUGACCCCACCAUUGAAGACUCGUACCUGAAGCACACGGAGAUUGACAAUCAGUGGGCCAUUCUGGAUGUCCUAGACACAGCAGGGCAGGAGGAGUUCAGCGCCAUGCGGGAACAGUACAUGCGCACUGGGGACGGCUUCCUCAUCGUGUACUCCGUCACCGACAAGGCCAGCUUCGAGCACGUGGACCGCUUCCACCAGCUCAUUCUGCGCGUCAAGGACAGGGAGUCAUUCCCAAUGAUCCUCGUGGCCAACAAGGUGGAUUUGAUGCACCUGAGGAAAAUCACCAGGGAUCAAGGAAAAGAAAUGGCGACCAAACACAAUAUCCCGUAUAUAGAAACCAGUGCUAAGGACCCACCUCUCAAUGUGGACAAAGCCUUCCAUGACCUCGUUAGAGUAAUUAGGCAACAGAUUCCGGAGAAAAGCCAGAAGAAGAAAAAGAAAACGAAGUGGCGAGGGGACCGGGCCACUGGCACUCACAAACUUCAGUGUGUGAUCUUGUGACAGCCUGGAACCUCGGGCACAGCACCCAUGAACUGCCAGCCCCCAGGACCAGCCCACUGCCUAACUGCACUGAGAAUCACUUCUAACCACAACCCUCGGCUCUGGACUGGGCACAGGAAGGGAGCGAGGGAGGACGGCAGAGCAGACAGGGUCUGGCUUUGCCGCCUCUCCCAGGAGAGCAACAGCUUCCAAGCCCCUCGUGUGUUGACUGAGCCCUGUUCCCAGUCUCCUGGUGGGUGUGUUGUUUCUUUUAAGUACAUAGGGCUGGUUUUCUGUGGAAGUUUUAUCCACACCCAAUAUACCAGACAAGCCAUGAACAAGUUUCCUCGCCCGCCCCAUCCCCAGUGUCUGAGCUCUGGUGUCUUUUGUAGAUUUUUAAAUUAUUUGAGUAAUGAUUAUUUUAUUAAAGAGGUCUGUGCCCAUUGCCUGGUGAAGCCCAAGGCUUUGGCGGACCUCUCGGCUAGUGUCUGGAACAGUGCUCUUGUCUUUUUAACUGAGAGUUCCUAGCAGUGCCAAACUCCAGCCAGGAUGAAGGACUUACCUUGGCAGAAGCCUGGGGUGGAGUCAAAUCCAGGAAGCAGACAGGCCCCGGAGACUGGAGAGAGGGAGAUGGGUUUAUCUGGAGGACUCGGUGUGGCUGAAAAUGCAGAGAUUAGAAGAGAAAAUGCCCUCACUGCUACCCCACCCACCCCCGCUGCCACCGAAGUGAGAGCUAGCCGGGACCAUUUCCCCACUAGAGGGGUUUCCUUGUCCUGAAAGUGGGUGAGGCGAGCGGCUGGCUUUGCCAAAGCGCUCCUUUGCUUUUCAGGCAGUGGAUGAACUUUUCAGGCGUUCAGAUGUGGACAGGGCCCUGGGCUUCUCAGAUGUGUCCCUUCCUGCUAGCUCACAUCCCGUGUGUUGCUGUGCCUCUGACACAAACAUAGGGGCAUGUCCAAGGAGGUAGAUGUGACACCAUCCAGAAAGCUGUUGUCUAUGAUGGCUCUGACCUGAAAGCGCCCAAUACCGUUACCACAGAAGCACCAGGACAGAAGCCAUUUCCACCUGAGUCGGCUGGCCAGCCAAUGAGCACGCCCCUUCUGGCCAGCCAAUGAGCACGCCCCUUCUGGCACCAGCGGUAUGGCUUUCUUCUGGUGCACACUUUCCUUGCCCUCUCUGUCUUAGGUCGAAGGGGAAAGGAGGGUUGGGCUGACAGCACAGUCCACACACUCAUUUCAUCAGGACACCCCUCUCCUACCACGAUGCGCCCCCCCCCCCCCGUGGUUCUGCUGCUGGGGCAAAGAUUGGGUUUUCCAGCUGGGAUCUGGGUGGGGGGACAGCAGAGACCAGGUACAUCCCGUGGGAGGGUCAGCAGAGGAGGUGGCACAGCUAGUGAGGUCACUUGCCAGCUCACCGUGCAAAAUGGAGGGCCCCCACCCGGUGGCUGGGCCACUCUGGAGAAAGAAGUUCAUGGAAAGAAAUACAAGGCAAGGGAGCACCAAGUGGAUGUCCAGCCUCACGAUCCUUUUGCAACCCAGAAAGUCCUAAAAGGGUCAUCAUCACAGAAAGCCCGUCCAAGGGACAGUUCUGCUUCAGAAGGAAAUGAUUGCCUGCUAAAGAUGAAACUCCUUAGUGUCAAAUGCAGCCCCCACCGCCCCACUUUUUCCUGUUCCUAGAAAGGAUACCAAAGAACAUUCCAGAUGCGGUAUCUCACCAUUUCCCGGAUCCCAUAGUACUUAGGAAUUUUUCAACACUAAAAGGACCAGGAUUUCUCCAGCCUUAGGCUCCCUGAGCUGCACCCACAGCACCUGCCACCUGGGGAGAGGGGGAACAAAAGUGAGGUCCUGGUGCUCCGCAGAGACAGAAGGCUCUGCAUUCACGACAGCAGCCACUGCCAGCGAGGCCCUGUCUCUUGCCACCUGCCACCAGCACACCCUGCCUCUGUGGUGGACACCUCCACUGUGCCAAGUGGGGACUCUCACUAGAAGCAGAGCAGUUGCCUAGACCAGACUCCCAAGUCACACAGGUAACUAGAAGGGAGGCUCCCAGCAUUCCUGCUCCUCUCAGAAGAGGCAGUGUAUCGAGGCCCGUCAUCCAGGGCAUCCCUUCUAAACUGACUCCAUACUGGCCAACAUCUGGCCUCCUACAGUCUCUGAUUCAGGGCUCCUGGUAAGCCUCAUCUCCCAGAUUCCCAUUUCUCCAAUAAGUGAGCUGGAUAUGUAACACCCCAGAGUUAGAAAUGGGCCUUUGACAGAGUUUCCAGAGAGGCCCAGUAAAGUACACUCAGCACACCUUCAUCACCAGCUGUCAGGGAAAGCCUGAAAACCUGAUUGGCCAUGCACCGGGUGACUGGGGACCCUUUGGAUCUAUAGCCAAGUUGUCAUUCUGAGGUUCCCUCUAAUUUUGCAGAAAUGUGUGUUCCCAUCAUGUCCCCUGGCAACCCCUCACCAUCCCUGGCAACCCCUCACCCCACCCCUCUGUUGUGAAUCCCCUCACCCCUACCCCUCUGUUGUGAACCCCAAUUUUCUCCCACUGCUCUGACACCACCUUAUAGGCUCCUUUUCUCUCCUAAGCCAUCCCUCCCCCUCCCCAGAAUGGGGCUAUGCCAUGGCCCUUCCUUCCCAAGCACUUUGCCACGAGGGGGACAUCUGGAUGUUUCCCUUAGGAGUUUCCCACCUCCCCAUGGCUCUUGCUGUGAGAGUACCUGAUUGAAUUAAUGUAGCCUGUCUUGCCUGCCAGGAGAUGUGACCCACAAACCCUGGCAGCUCUAACCCUAGCGCCCCUCAGACCUGCUACACUAAGUCCAGGGCCACAGAAGCGUCCCUUCCUUAGCAGCCCUCCUGGGUGGAGACUCCACAUUGGCUGGGGUUUACCAAGAAUGCCAGAUACUUGAAACUGAGCCCUUUGAGUGACAGUAUUAACGGAUGGCCGUUGUCGAGAAACGAGAGUGAUAUCUAGACAUCUUGAUGAUGCUUGAGUCUCUUAUGUAACUUUUUAUCGAGUCUUUGUGUAUCUCUACUUAUUAAUAAAGAAACAAAGAGAAA